AUUGUGGAGUAUAUUCAAGGGUGUGGUCAUUGUUUUGUGGGCUUCAAUUCACAGCUGUGACAAAGAGACAUAUGUUUGUGUAUAUUCUGUGACUGGACAGUUACAGGAAUAUAAAUGUUCUAUGCAAAAAUAGAAGAUAUCUGUGGAUGAAGUUUGUUAAAAUCAAAGGAGGAUAUUUGGUGGCGAUUUGUAUUAGGUUACCAUAGUUACAGCGUGAUGAUGACUUCGGACAGCUUGUCAGCUCCCUGCCCCGACUAUGAUCACGACUCUACUGCACUGCUGAUAUGGAGGAUGCCGUGAGCCGAGAGUCCGUGGAUUCCUCCUCAACAGGUGAUGACUUUGUGGUUGUCAACGCUGACCCAAAGUUCAAGUUGACUGGUGAUAUUAACGACCUAGACGAAGAGGUUGGUGCCGGCAAGUUCCUAUCCCCCAAGAUGGCUGCGUCUGCUGCAACCACUCCCGAACAAAAUGGCAUGGAAUUGGAGAAGGUUGAGCAUGCGAUCCGUGGCAGCCAGUCGGCUGAUGUCCUCAUCCCUGAUGCGUCCAACAUCACAGGGCCCAUCAGUCACUCGGAGAACAUGUCUGUGAUGGGCCUGGGGUCUGCAGACGCUGGUCUCAAUCAGAUUACUGCAAAUCGUGGCCGAUCGACCUCUCUUCCCACAAUUCCCGGCACGGACUGUACAGUCUUCGAUGGAGUCACCUACCUCGGCUGUGCUACAGUCAAUGCGCCGCGCAGCGAGGUGGAGAUCUACCGCAACAUGGCAGUACUCAACGACCAAUCACAGAUGGCGAUCCAUGUCACCCUCACCGUGCCCAGUACAUCUGAGGGAUUUGUAGGCCCUGCCGAUGGAAUGGUUCGAUUGAUCGAUCCAGCAAGCAACACAGAGAUUGCCAGUUACCGUAUUCACCGCAUUCUGUUCUGUGCACGAGGGCCCACUGACAGUAGCGAAAAGAAGUGCUUUGCAUUCACGUGCAGCCAUGGCGAUACAGCCGAAACCGCCAUUUUCCAGUGUCAUGUGUUUCGAUGCGACCUCCCAGAAGCAGUGGCCAAGAUCUUGUACAGCUUCGCAACAACAUUCCGGCGAGUUCCUCGGAGUACGCGGACAACAGCUGUAGCAGUAUUGCCGGAGGCUGAUCAGAACUAUGUGUUCACUGUGGGCAUCGAGUUCAAGGAAGAUGAUGGCAAGGGGAACUACUCUGCUGUGCCAAAGGAUAAGUCAGUGUUCAAGUUCCGCUCUAACGUGGAGAAGAGGAUCAGCAUCUGUGUGACUCACACUGGUCCAAUUGAACUCAAGAUUGAACGAUGUUUUGGGCUUUUGAUCUCCCCUGGGAGGAAUGUUAAACACAGUGAUAUGCAGCUUAUUGAGUUGAACUCGAUGGGCUAUGCUGGUGAUGGCCGCAGUUACACCAUCUCAGGGCAGUGGGAUCCCAGCGAGAAGUGUUUCCUUGUGCUGAACGAGGAGACGCCAAAAGAUACACGAGUGUUCCUUACGGUGGCUGUCGACCUGGUGAUCUUUGGUAUUCAGGAACCAGUCAGGUUUGCAGUGGAGACCAAAGCACGCAUCUAUCCUUCCAAUGAGCGAUUCUGGUACUUCACCAAGAAACCCCACUUUGAACAAUUCCAUGUGAGACUGAAACAGGUUGAAGGCAAUAACCAUGAUGGCGCCAACUUUGAGGUUGUCCACGUGGAGAGCCAGACGGAGAUGGACAGGAAGAGCACCGGCAUGAGCCUCAGUCUGAGCAGCAGCAAGCACAUCCCUGAGCCGGUCCAGACACCACAGGAAGAGGAGGAGUCAGAUGGUGAUGAGCCGCUGCUGAGCGGGUCUGGGGUGGUGAGCAAGGAGGUGACAGAUGAGAACCUGCUGGACGCCUGGCACGAUGUCCUCACCAAGUGGCACGCCAACCUCACACAGCGCCCCAAACAGGUGACGCACCUGGCACGGAAGGGUGUGCCUGAGGCUCUCCGCGGGGAGGUGUGGCAGCUCAUCACUGGUUGCCAUGACAGCAGUGAACUUCUGGAGGCGUACCGGAUUCUCAUUACCAAGGAGUCUGCGUGUGAGCCGGUGAUCCAGCGAGACAUCAACCGUACAUUCCCUGCUCAUGACUUCUUCAAGGAGUCGGGAGGUCUUGGACAGGAUUCUCUCUUCAAGAUCAGCAAGGCAUAUGCUAUCUAUGACGAGGAGAUCGGCUACGUCCAGGGCCUCUCAUUCCUUGCUGCUGCACUACUACUGCAUAUGCCCGAGGAGCAAGCCUUCUGUGUCCUGGUGAAGAUCAUGUUUGACUACGGCCUGCGGGACCUGUUUAAACAGGGAUUUGAGGAGCUCCACCUCAAGUUCUACCAGCUGGAGAGACUCAUGCAGGACCAGCUGAUUGAUUUAUACGGGCAUUUUGCUGACAUGGGUCUGGAGAUCCACAUGUUUGCUUCGCAAUGGUUCCUGACACUCUUCACUGCCAAGUUUCCCCUGCAUGUAGUGUUCAACAUCCUGGACCUAUACCUCAGUGAGGGCAAGGAUGUUAUCUUCAGUGUGGCGCUGGCCUUGUUAAAGGGUUCCCGGAAAGACCUUCUAGCACUGGACUUCGAGGGAGUCCUCAAAUACUUCCGCGUCCAGCUGCCCAAGAAGUACCGCACUGACGAUGCUGCGAAGGAACUGAUGCGGAUGGCGGUCAGCUCCAAGGUAACUGCUCGUAAGUUGAAGAAAUACGAGCGAGAAUACGUGCAGAUGAAGGAACACCAGCUGCAGCAGGAGAAUCCCAUCGAGAGGUUUGAGCGUGAGAACAAGCGCCUCCUCGAGGACAACCUCCGUCUUGAACAGGAAAAUGAUGACCUCGCCCAUGAACUGGUGGAGAGCAAACUGGCCCUUCGCAGUGAGCUUGAUGCCCUGGAGGACUCCCACGAGGCUCUGAUGAAGGACCACAUGACCACCCAGAAGAUGUUGACGGAGACGGAGGAGGAGAAACGACGACUUGAGACUGAGUCCUCACAGCUAAAGGAGAUGUGUCGGCGGGAACUGGACAGGGCAGAGUCUGAGAGCCAGCGGAACUCUGCCAUCAUCGCUGACUACAAACAGAUCUGCUCCCAGCUGAGUGAGAGACUGGAGAAGCAGCAGACGCAUUCACGCGAGGAACUGGGACGUAUUAAAGGUCAAGUGAAGUCAUGUGAUAAAUGCUCCAAGAUGUUCACCGAGGACGGCAAGGUCAGACUGCCGGAGGUCAAGGCCAACCCGGAAGACAGCAACCCAUGCGUGCUGGAUCUGAGGAAGCAGGUUCGAGAGCUGGAACUAGAGCUGGCCCAGACGAAGCUGGCUCUGGUGGAGUCUGAGUGCAAGACACAGGACCUCACUCACCAACUCAACUCAGCCAUCAGCGAAAUACAAGCAUCCAAAAACACCUGGUUCCACAAAACCAUCAGCUCCAUCAAGGAGGUGACAACAGUCAAUAAGAAGGAUCCCAAGGAAUGAGCCCAAGUUUGUGUGAUUUCGUUGUCAGGGACGACAGUGGAGGUUGUGCAGAAGGAGGUCUAGCAGGAGAUGAUUGUGACUCUUUUAACAGAGAAUAUUACUGUGUUGAUGACUUACUGAAUAUGUGUCAUGUGGAAUGUGGAUGUUGUGUGCCAAAUCUGUGGAAGGCAGCGCUGACUGUACAACUCAUAUUCAACCUACUGGAGAUGACUUAGGUGUGUCCUCUGUAAAGGACAGUCUUUGACGCAGGAGCGACAUUAGUACAAGGGUGUUCUUAGUACAGGGGUUUCCACAAUUCAAUGUUGUCCUCGAAUCAGAGGUGUCCUGAGUUGAGGUUUUCUCUGUACAGGGGUGUCCUUGGUACAUGGGUGUCCUCAGUACAGGGGUGUCCUUAGUUGAGUAUUCUUGGUAGUUCUUGCAUGAUUCUGGCGCAUCUUAAGAGAUAUCUUAGCCUAUCACCAGCAGGCACUCUGGUGUCAUGACCUUGUGUUGUGUUGCAAGCAUUGAUGUCAAGGUCACCUUAGAAUCUUUGAUCUGGGCUGCGAGAGAGAGAGUGCAAUGUGGACAGUCUAACUUACACUUGGAGAGUGUAGCUAUAUGCUCAGAUCCUGUAAACUACACACUGUUAGACACAUGUAGCUGUACCAGCAGGACAUCGCUGUACAAUAUAUCUACGACAAAUUGGUGUACCAAUAAACAUCAAUGUGCGAUAUGUUUACGAUACUUGAGGAUGUACCAGCAAAA